AGGAAAGAGAAUGCAUUUGUGUUGUGUUGUUGUGUGACAAAAACCGAUACGAAUUGUCAAGAGAGAUGCAAGAUCCGUCUUCAAACCCUAAUGACAAUCCAAAUCCUCACAAUGCCAAUGCAGCUUCCCAAUUACCACCAACGCCGCCGGCCACUACCGCCGCCGGCGUCUCCUCGUCCUCGUCUUCGAUGUUCGCGCGCUCCGGCUGGUCUCACCACCGGAGAGCCCACUCGGAGGUGAGUUUCCGGCUGCCGGACGACAUGAUGGACUUGUCGCAGUCCGAUCCGUUAGCCGGCGGGUCGUCGACGGCGAGCAUGGAGGAGAUCGGAUCCGAAGACGACCUGUUCUCGACGUACAUUGACGUGGACAAGCUCGGAGGUGCAACCGGUUCGGGUGGCGCCGGAAACGGAGCGGAUCCGAACGGCGAACGCGAGAAGAGCCCGAGGCCGAGACAUAGGCACAGUAGUUCCGUCGAUGAUUCUUCGUCGUUCGGCGAAAUUAUGGAAGCGAAGAAAGCUAUGCCUCCUGAUAAAUUAGCUGAGUUAUGGUCAAUUGAUCCCAAGCGUGCCAAAAGAAUAGUUGCGAAUCGACAAUCUGCUGCUCGAUCGAAAGAGAGAAAGGCUCGGUAUAUACAAGAACUUGAGCGCAAGGUUCAAACUCUUCAGACUGAAGCCACAACUCUUUCUGCUCAAUUGACAUUAUACCAGAGGGACACAACAGGCCUGAGUACUGAAAAUACAGAGCUUAAGCUCCGUCUGCAGGCCAUGGAGCAACAAGCACAGCUUCGUGAUGCUCUUAAUGAAACAUUGAAGAAGGAAGUUGAGAGGCUUAAGGUUGCUACUGGGGAGAUGAUGAGCCCCACUGAAUCUUUUAAUCUAGGAAUGCACCAGAUGCCAUUUACAGGAUCAAAUUUUAUGCCAAUCCCACCACAAUCAGGUCCUUCUGGUCACCAGAACAUCCAGUUGUCACCAUUUGGUCACUCCCCAUCUACAAUGCCAACUCAUCAACUGCAACAAACCAAUUCUUAUCCAUUUUCAGAAAUAUUGCGAAAUGACCAGCUUGGUCGUUUCCAGGGCCUUGACAUUAGUAGCAAAGGAUCAACUCUCGUGAAAUCCGAGGGCCCCUCACUUUCUGCAAGUGAGAGUAGCACUGCAUUUUGAAUUUGACACAAAACACUUGACCUGCUGACUUAUCCAUGGCAUUCAUUGUUCAUAGUGUUGACAUCUAGUCAACUAAUGAAGGUACCUUAUUCAUGAUUCAGAUUGAGGAUUAAUUCUUAAUUAUUUAUUCAUAGAGAUGCUCAUCCAAAAA